GCGCUCUCUCGCGAGAGGAAGGUGUGUUCUGGGUUCCGGCGUGGUCUCUGCCGGUUGCAGGAAAGUAACUCCUGCUGCUGAACCAUGGCGUCCGUGGGGACCCUCGCCUUCGAUGAAUAUGGGCGCCCUUUCCUCAUUAUCAAGGAUCAGGACCGCAAGUCUCGUCUUAUGGGACUUGAAGCUCUCAAGUCUCAUAUAAUGGCAGCAAAGGCUGUAGCAAAUACAAUGAGAACGUCACUUGGACCAAAUGGGCUUGAUAAGAUGAUGGUGGACAAGGAUGGCGAUGUCACCGUGACUAAUGAUGGUGCCACCAUUCUGAGCAUGAUGGAUGUCGACCACCAGAUUGCCAAGCUGAUGGUCGAGCUGUCCAAAUCCCAGGAUGACGAAAUCGGGGAUGGCACCACAGGAGUGGUUGUGCUGGCUGGUGCCUUGCUGGAGGAGGCUGAGCAGCUGCUGGACCGGGGCAUCCACCCGAUCAGAAUAGCCGAUGGCUACGAACAGGCUGCCCGCAUUGCCAUUGAGCACCUGGACAAGAUCAGCGACAGCGUCCUUGUGGACAUGAAGGACACCGAGCCCCUCAUCCAGACGGCGAAGACCACCCUGGGCUCCAAAGUGGUCAACAGCUGUCACCGGCAGAUGGCUGAGAUCGCGGUGAAUGCUGUCCUCACAGUGGCAGACAUGGAGCGCAGAGAUGUGGAUUUUGAGCUCAUCAAAGUAGAAGGCAAAGUGGGCGGGAGGCUGGAGGACACUCAGCUCAUCAAGGGCGUGAUCGUGGAUAAGGAUUUCAGUCACCCACAGAUGCCGAAGAGAGUGGAAGACGCCAAGAUCGCAAUUCUCACUUGUCCAUUCGAACCGCCGAAGCCGAAGACCAAGCAUAAGCUGGACGUGACCUCUGUGGAAGACUUCAAAGCCCUUCAGAAGUACGAGAAGGAGAAGUUUGAAGAGAUGAUUCAGCAAAUAAAGGAUACUGGUGCUAACCUUGCUAUCUGCCAGUGGGGCUUUGAUGACGAAGCCAAUCAUUUACUUCUUCAGAAUAACUUGCCUGCAGUUCGUUGGGUAGGCGGGCCGGAGAUUGAGCUGAUCGCCAUUGCCACAGGAGGACGGAUCGUCCCGCGAUUCUCAGAGCUCACACCUGAGAAGCUGGGCUUUGCUGGGCUUGUCCAGGAGAUCUCAUUUGGGACAACCAAAGACAAAAUGCUGGUUAUUGAGCAGUGUAAGAACUCCAGAGCUGUGACCAUUUUCAUUCGAGGAGGAAAUAAAAUGAUCAUCGAGGAAGCGAAACGAUCGCUGCACGACGCUCUGUGUGUCAUCCGGAACCUCAUCCGUGAUAACCGUGUGGUGUAUGGAGGAGGCGCCGCGGAAAUAUCCUGUGCUUUGGCAGUCAGCCAGGAGGCAGACAAGUGCCCGACCUUGGAGCAGUACGCCAUGAGGGCUUUCGCCGAUGCCCUGGAGGUCAUCCCCAUGGCCCUUUCUGAAAAUAGUGGCAUGAACCCCAUCCAGACCAUGACAGAAGUCCGAGCCAGACAAGUGAAAGAGAUGAACCCUGCUCUGGGCAUCGACUGUUUGCACAAGGGAACAAAUGACAUGAAGCAACAGCAUGUCAUAGAAACGCUGAUUGGCAAAAAGCAACAGAUCUCUCUUGCAACGCAGAUGGUCAGAAUGAUUCUGAAGAUUGAUGAUAUCCGUAAGCCUGGAGAAUCUGAAGAAUAAAGACAAAGAUUAGAGUAAGAUGAGCCAGUGAGAUCCACUGCUGUGAUUAAAGAAUGGGUGUCUCGUGACGCGUCUGGUUAUUUAUUAUGACAUCCUUUUUCAGACUCUGUAGAUGCUACAAUAAAACAGCUGUUUGGUAACCAUA